AUGCAGGUUCAAUCAAUUCCAAAUUUACCUGAUGAUAAAUGGACUAAGUCCCAUUCAAAACGAUCGUCGUAAGUAGCUUGGAAUUAUCUUCGAAACUCACUCUCACCUUCGAAUCUAUGGAGUUUUCCAGUUCAGCAUUUUUUUCAAAAGUUUGUUAUCACACUUAUUAAUUGUUCAAGUGAUGUUAUUUUUGACUCUCAUUUGUUUUCAUUUAUUAAUGAAAAUGUUUCAUCCAAAUUGAAUAGUCUAUAGUCUAACUACUUCAUUUGUGCAUUGAUUGUUCGAAGAGCAAUGGUCCUUAUCAUCAUAAGACACAAAACUUUCAUGGCACAAUCGUUGAGUUAAGUGAUGGCGGGUGAGUUUGCGCUAUUACGUUUGAAUCUUCUGUCAUUGUUAAGCUUCUUAUUCUUUUUGCUUAUGAGAGUGGAUAUAGUACUUUGAUUUAACAAAUGCUGAAGGAUUAUAGUUCCUGUCAGUAACUAAGAAUUUUGGCAAUCAAAUGUGCAGCCAUAAAUCAACAUUAGAGUGAAUUAUGGACGACCGGCACUUUUGUGGCUUCUGCUGAUAAGGAUCAUUGAUCUUUGAACAAUCGAUAGGCAAAUUAGUUAGACUAUAGACUAUUUAAUUUCGAUGAAAUAUUUUCAAUAAUAAAUGAAAACAGAUUAGAGUUAAAAAUAGCAUCACUUGAAUAAUUAAUAAGUGUGAUAACACACUUUUGUAAAAAAAUGCUACAGUGGAAAGUUCCAUAUAUUCAAAUACUUUUUUGGCAUUCCGUGUAAGAAAACUAGGAAGCAUUCUUUCAUUAAUAGAAAUAUCCAGUUUUGUAGGGACCUAAAAGCUGAAUCUUUUGAUAAAGAAAUUUAUUUCGAAAUGGCGAGAGCAGAUUGAGAUGUUGUAAAAAUAUUGCGAGGACCAUUUAUUUUGCUGCACGCGUUAUUAUGCGCCAGGCGCAUAGAACAGGAAUGGCGAUCGAAUGAUGACAGCGCUUUUUUCUUUGUCGCUUUUGCAUUUAAUCUUCAUGUUUUUCUUUUCUGUCACCGGUUAGAGGUAGAAUCGAGAACAACGCAAACGUAAACGGUUCUGUGUCCUUUUAUUAUAGACGCAAAUCCUCAAAGCAAAUAUAAUGUGUUACUUCCUCGGAAGAAAAUUUUUCGUAUUCGUUUCAUGAUUGACAUUUGUUUAUUGCUCAAAAACUAUAAGACGAAUUGUAAUGAGUUCAUUGAGAAAAUAUUUGAUUUCGAUGCCCAUUCUGAUAGAUAUAAAAUGUUUCCGUAUCACAACACGUAGAGUACGUGAGAAUGCUAAAGACAAUAACUCAACAAUAUUAUAAUUUGAGAAAAUCAAACAUGAACUUACUCGAUCAAGGUUUAUUUGACAGCUACGUCAUGUUGAUAUUUCUUCGAUGAUAAAGUUGCUCGUCGAUUAUUUUCUCUUAGUAAACACUUGCGCAUAAUAAUGGUAAGAAUCAAACUGACAGCCAGCAUUCCGCUACAGAUCACAUGACCGCGUUGAUAGACCGGCUUAUCAUCUUUUCUAUAUAUCUACGAACAAAAUAUUGCUAUAAAUACUCUUUUAAAAUCAUUGAGAUGUUACAAAUCGACUUCAGAACUUAUUCCAUAAGUUAUCACACGCCGAAGUCUUACCAGAGGUGUGACAAUGCCACUCAUUUCACCAAUACCGAUAACGAAACUAAUCGUCAUUGCUUCUUUUGUAUGACCACCAACAUUAUUUGUUAACCAAGAGACCAGUAAAGGAAAUGUAGGAAAUAUAAAGAUCUAGAUGACAGCUAUGUAAGGUUUUUCUGUCGUACAAUUUUCGUAAAAAUUAUGUUAAAAGCUAGUUUUUAAGCCCUUUUUUCUUCAUUUUAAUGAUCUGCAAAAUUUUUCAUGUAGUUUUUAAACUCAAUAUUUUGCAGUAACGGAAUCAAUAUACAUUUUUUGUGAAAAAUUUCACGAUGAAUCAUGUAUCAAAAUAUUUAUCUCAAUGAAGUGUAGAAACAAGGACUCAAGCUGAAAAUACUAAAGACUACGAUUAUUUAUGUGUCAUCUAUUACUAUAAUUUUCUAGCAGAUAUUUCAUAUGACACAUUGCUCAGGGAUAUAUCACUCAUAAAUCUAUACUUCAUGCAUUGAACCUAGAAUUAUUUUUGUAAGAGAAUAGUAUACGGUGCUUAUUCAUAGACGUGUAUCUUGACACUUAGAGUAAGGUGUCGUAGAGUGUUGUGGCGUAAGGAGUCUCUGAUGCAAUGUGCACUUCGUUGACAAAUAGAAACAGAGAAAUUGUAUCAUCCCACGCCCUCUCUUCAUAUUCGAUCUCGUUACUAUGGUUGUCUUCUGCUCGUUCUUAAAUAAAUUAAGCAUAUUUGUGUUUUAGUAUCCUUAAAUCGUCUUUACAUGUCUUUUAAUUAUUUAUCAUUAACAAACUUUCAUCUCGUCCUAAAAUUACUUCCCAAUCUAAAACAUUCAACAUUUUCAACAUGGACUUUCGCUUUGAACUUUGCUUCAUCAACAAUAUGGCACGAGUUUAUUUCCACAAACCUGUUAAAAUUAGAAAAACUUCAAUUCUAUAUACGAGUCACUAGUAAGUUCCGUGUUAUUCAGUAUUCGUCCGUACAUAUAAAUUGUAAUACUUAUUUCACUUGAGAUGAUGCUAUUCAGCAGUGUCGGUCACC